UGAGCGUCUCGGAGGUGCUGGAAAAAACACAACAGCUAGCAAGCUGAGCUGCUAGCAACAGCAAACACAAUUUGUUAGCAACUAUUGAUGUUAAAGUAGCGUUGGAUUUCAUCGCAGCAUACCAGACGUUAUCUUCCAUUAAACCCCAUGGCGAUGAGAGGGGCAAUGGUCCAUGAAGAGUUUUGGAUACUCAGAGAGUGGCUGGUCCACCAGGGACAUCAUCAAGCGCAGGAACACAGAUAACACCUCCAAACUGAUAAACCAUGAUCCCCAUCACUGAGCUGCGGUACUUUGUGGACACACAGCCAGCAUACCGCAUCCUGAAACCAUGGUGGGAUGUGUUCACCGACUACAUCUCCAUUGUUAUGCUCAUGAUUUCUGUGUUUGGAGGAACACUGCAGGUCACCCAGGACAAGAUGAUUUGCCUUCCUUGUAAGUGGGUGGUUAAUGAGACCUGCAAGAAAAACUUCAACUCCACCCUCUCCACAUCACUGUUCUUGGAGCCCAAAGGGAUCCAGUAUGAUCUGGACCGCCACCAGUACAACUAUGUGGAUGCUGUGUGCUAUGAGAAUAGAUUGCACUGGUUUGCUAAGUAUUUUCCCUACCUAGUAUUACUCCACACCCUUAUUUUCCUAGCUUGCAGCAACUUUUGGUUUAAGUUUCCACGGACUAGUUCCAAACUAGAGCACUUUGUAUCCAUCUUGCUGAAAUGCUUUGAUUCCCCAUGGACAACUCGGGCACUGUCAGAGACGGUGGUUGAAGAGAGUGACCCAAAACCAAUGAAAAUGAACGGCUCAAUGGACCACAAGGAGUCUGUCAUCAGCGAGGAUGUUGAAGCAAGUGUUCCUAUGCUCCAAAGGACAAAGACACGCUUUGAGCAAGGCAUUGUAGAUAGAACUGAGACAGGGGUUUUGGACAAAAAAGAGGGAGAACAGGCAAAAGCCCUGUUUGAAAAAGUGAAGAAGUUCCGUAUACACGUUGAAGAAGGAGACAUUGUGUACAGACUGUACAUCCGUCAGACUAUUAUCAAAGUCAUCAAGUUUAUUUUGAUAAUCUGCUACACAGGGUAUUACGUGCACGAUAUUAAAUUCAGUGUUGACUGUUCGGUUAAUAUAGAGAGUCUGACAGGUUACAGUGUGUACCGUUGUGCUCAUCCACUGGCUACACUUUUUAAAAUCUUAGCUUGUUUUUACAUUAGCUUAGUGGUGGUGUAUGGUUUGAUCUGCAUGUACACACUUUGCUGGAUGCUUCGGCGCUCUUUAAAGAAAUACUCCUUUGAGUCAAUACGGGAAGAGAGCAGCUACAGUGACAUACCCGAUGUGAAGAAUGACUUUGCAUUCAUGUUGCACAUGAUAGAUCAGUAUGACCCUCUGUACUCCAAACGUUUUGCUGUGUUCCUCUCAGAAGUAAGCGAAAAUAAGCUGAGGCAGCUAAACCUCAACAACGAGUGGACACUGGACAAGCUCAGGCAGAGGAUAACAAAGAACUCUCAGGAGAAGUUGGAGUUGCACCUUUUCAUGCUAAGUGGAAUUCCAGACACAGUCUUUGACCUGAUGGAGCUGGAGGUUCUUAAACUGGAGCUUAUUCCUGAUGUCACCAUCCCCCCAAUCAUCGCCCAGCUGGUCAACCUGCGAGAGAUGUGGCUUUAUCACACACCAGCUAAAAUCGAAGCUCCAGCAUUGGCUUUUUUGCGUGAGAACUUGAAGUCUCUGCACAUCAAGUUCACUGACAUCAAAGAGAUUCCCUUAUGGAUCUACAGUUUGAAGAAUCUGAGCGAGCUUCAUCUGACGGGGAAUCUCAGUGCUGAGAACAACCGUUACAUCGUCAUCGAUGGGCUCCGAGAGCUCAAGCGGCUCAAAGUUCUUCGUCUGAAGAGCAAUCUCACCAAGCUACCUCAAGUGGUGACUGAUGUGGGCAUGCACCUCCAGAAGCUUUCCAUCAACAAUGAAGGCACCAAGCUUAUGGUGCUCAACAGCCUGAAGAAGAUGGUGAACCUGACGGAACUGGAGCUCAUUCGCUGUGAUCUAGAACGCAUACCGCACUCAAUCUUCAGCUUGCACAACUUGCAGGAGAUUGACUUGAAGGACAACAACCUGAAGACCAUUGAGGAGAUCAUCAGCUUCCAGCACCUUCAUCGGCUGGUCUGCCUUAAGCUCUGGUAUAACCAGAUUGCCUACAUUCCCAUCCAGAUUGGCACAUUGACUAACCUGGAGAAGCUGUACCUGAACAGAAACAAGAUUGAGAAGAUCCCCAGCCAGUUAUUUUAUUGCCGCAAGCUGCGCUUCCUGGACCUGAGCCAUAACAACCUGACCUAUAUCCCAACUGAUAUUGGUUUCCUCCAGAAUCUUCAGUACCUGGCAGUGACAGCCAACAGGAUUGAGAGUCUGCCUAAUGAGCUGUUCCAAUGCAAGAAGCUUCGCACUUUGAACUUGGGGAACAAUUGCCUUCAGUCUCUGCCAUCGCGGUUUGGAGAGCUGACCGCGUUGACACAGCUAGAGCUGAGAGGAAACCGUCUGGAAUGUCUGCCCGUGGAGCUGGGCGAGUGCCGACAGCUAAAGAGAACCGGUCUCGUGGUGGAGGAGGACCUCUUCAACACGCUGCCCACGGAGGUUAAGGAACAGUUGUGGAAGCUUGACAAAGAACAAGCUUAAACAGGUCUGUCGCUGUGAGUGAAAACAGAUACUCGCCAACUGGGCCUUGACACAGGAGGAAUGCGCGUACUGUCCUAGUGGGCUUGCUGAAGCAGGCAUUAGACCUGCUACAGUGUACUGCCAUUACGUUUGGGUAUCAAGAACCAGUGCCAGUUUGGCAGAACCAAAAUACUAACUCUGCCAGCUUCUGGGUGUUCUCUAAUCCCUAACUGUCCAGUUGAUUUCUUUAUUCCCUUACAAACAACUGCUUUGGCCUUUCCACUACAACCCAGUAAUAAUGCUUUUUAUGAGUGACAUUGUGAUCAGCAGCUUGUGUUUACAUUUUAUGCUUCUCGGUUAUGGUGGAGAAGGUUCAGUAUUACAAUCUGUGGAUCAAGGUUGCAAAAAAACAAGUGUUCAGUUACCAAAAACAUCAGGUUCUUGUCUAAUUAAGGUUGAAUUGAUAAUCGAAAUAAUCUGUCAAGUAAAAACAUUGGGUAGCAAGGUGAUCUCUUAGACCCCUCUCUUUUAAUUGCUAUCUAUCAAUAACAGUCAAAGUGCAAAGCUCCCAAUUACAUCAUAACAUGUGAAGGAAAAACUAUGAAAUAGGGAAAGGCAAGAGGCUGAAACUCUCUUUUAUUUUGGUAGGAGAAAAAUUAAGAUGGCAUUGACUCAUUAUUUGACAAGUAAUCUGAUUUUAUCACCAAGUAUUAUAUUUGUAUAUAGGAGAUUACAAUGCCAAUCACAUGCAAACUGCAUUCUCAAGUUAUUAAUCCUUUAAGUUUCAGAAAAAUGGUGACGUCAUGGCUUUUAAAUCUCCAUCUAUUGUCCAGAACUGAUUGGAUACAGAUUUUAACUAUUUUAGUAUGUGCUUUGAUUGAAAAUGUUGAGAAAAUCAUGACAGUAUGAGAGAAAAUCCCAAUAAUUAAUGAUGAAUCAUGUCAAGAAAGGUUCUGUAUUCUGAGAUCCUUGAGUCUGAGAAGGUGUUGUAUCAGGAAGAGGUCAUUUGCGACACUGUGUUUGUAGUGCAAGUGCUGUAGAAGAGGAAUAGCUGUCUUUGGCUGGUCUGAGCCUUGGUAGCAGUACAGCAUGUAGUAUUAGACUAGAGAGUGCUAUCCUUAUAUUAGAUUGGCAGGGUGAAGGGGUUGUUGAUCGUCUUCCUGGGGAAUCUUGUGUAGUGCGUUUGACCUAGCGCUUGAGGACAGGCAAUUACUGUACUGAAUGCCACCCAGUUGACCAGAAUUACACAACAUCAACCCCCACACAGUUACAUGAGUGGAGCAUCCUAUCAGGAAGCAGAUACCCAACCUUUACUGUCAGUGUACUAAUCAGUGGGAACUGAGCAAAAUCUGUUUAAUGGCCAUGCUGCAUUCACAUUUUUUGAUUGCAAUGAAUUGCACAAAGCAAAAUGAACAACCAUGGGGAAACUGCUGAAAAGGUUUUGGAUGAGAUGAGUCAUGUGUGCAUCAUAAAAAUUCAAACGAAGCUUAUACAGGAGGAUAACAUGAUGACAUUGAAAUGUGUUCCAAAUGUUCACAGUAUACUAACAUAGGUUGUCUCGUGACAAGAGAUUGGUUUAUUACCCUUUUUGUAGUGGAUAUGAUGUAACCACUGGUCUACAUGUAUCCCCUGAUAGCUGAGUGUUGGUGUCUGCAAGCAGCAAGUAAAAGAGCGCUGGCCUUGUGUUAUUUUCAGCUUGUUAUAACACCGUAAUAUGAUGUUUUUAACUUAUUAGGGAUGUUAUUCUGUUAUUUUCAUUUGUCUGAACUGCCCAAAUAUUGUGCAGUGUUCAGUGUAGAUGUUGUUCACCUGUGCAUGAGUUUACUACCAUCUUUAGUGUAAUCAAUCUUAACUGCUACAGAUGUAAUUCAUUAAGGUGAAAAAUAAUUUAGUGAUUUCAUCUUUUUUUGGAUGGGGGGCAAUGCAAUAAGGUGCAAAAUUGCCAUUUCUGAAACAGUGAAAUUUAAAAUUUUAGCUUUUACUUCAAAAAACUUAAAGCUUAUAGAUAAAAAGCUACAUUCCACUCGAUGAAAAGUAAAGAUUUAAUUCAGACAUUCGUUUCAGUGGCAAAAAAAAGAUUAGGAGGCAUUUUGAAAAGAGCCAUGGAAUUCAGGUCAGUUGCCUUAACUUUAAUUUACUCCUUUUGUGUUAUGUACUGUUUCCGUUAUUUUUGUUGUGGCAUUUGACCAUGCUUUGAUUCACCUAAUAAUUUUUAAAGCUUCAGUAGACCACCCAGGCCCAGAUGAUAAGGGACAGUUUUGCUUUUUAUAUUUUUCUCUAAUGUUUCAUCUCAUCACUUCCUGUGGACUUUUCACAAGUGAUCAUACGUGACACCAAUAAUCAGUUUGGGCAAAUAUAAGCUACAUAUGGUGUCUCAGAUCUUAUUAAUGCGACAUUCUUCUUUGUUGUAGCUUCACCUUGUAUCAUGGCUGUGCUAACUUUAUGUUGCAUAAAAGUCAUAAAAGCCCUAUUACAGCUUUAACUCUCUUAACCAGUGUUGCUGUUCACUGCUGACAGUUACUAUAGAGAGUAAGAGUCAGAAAAAAGUAAACAUUAUGAUUUAAAUUAUUCAGUAAAAUUCUUAUUUAUGUGAUCUAGAAAUGUAGUAGUUGUUUUUUUGUGUCAUCUCUUAUGUUAACCAAUCCCUGCCUGGGAAUUUUUUUUUUUUAAUUUUACAAUGUAAUAUCUUACAAUUUUGACUUACUGAAUUAGAUCUAUGAGAUAGUUUAAACUUUGACGUGUCACCUAAGCAGGUCCCAGGUUCACAAAUUCUGUCAUGUUUUAAUGUCGUAUUUUGCCACUGCAAGCAGCAUGAUGCUAAAAAUGUGGUAUUCGAGAUCAAUGCACAGCUCUGACACAGCACAACACACAACAAGGGUCCUUGUGUUCACUCUGAGAAUCAAAAAAAGUUUUUGUGUUUUAAUAAACCUGACUGCAAGAAAGCUUGGACAGUAGCAAUAUACAGUACAACAACUGGGUUGAAAAUCAUAGGAAUAGUUAUGUACAUUCAUUUCAAAAACAUGUUUAACUAUCCUGUAUUGUGCAAUACUGCCUUUAUUUAAACUAUGAAAAAGUAAGUAGUGAUGUAGUUUUCUAAUGUGCAUGGGCAUUCUUUUUGUCACCUUCAUAUUACUAACAUUAUGGUGAAAAUUUCAAGUUAAGUAGAUUAGAGGAGGCUUUUGAUCCUAGAGAAUGCUUUUGCACUAUAGCACCUCUCCCACAAGUUAUGUUUAGGUAAAUAUAAAUAAUGGUAUACAACUUAAUGUAUACAGUGUGUGUUUUGUAUAUUUUCUGAAAUGGGAAGGUUCAAGUGACUGACUGAUUGCCAGCCAUGAGAUUAAAAUGGUAUUUGAUUACUAUUUAAGUAUUUCUAGAGCUACACAGAAAAACAAAUGAAGUUUGGUCCUUACCUUUAAGCCCCAACUGGAGCAUUUUAAAUGAUGUCCAGAAUGCCUCAGCAAUACACCACAGAUUAAGACAAUCAACUAUCAUAAUUAAAGGUGGCGUCACAAAUGUUAAAUGUAAAGUCUUGUAGUGAGCACUGCAAGUAAAUGGUCAGUACAUUAAAAAUACAUUGUGUAGGUUGCUAGUAGUGUGGGGUUAGUAAAUACAUAAGAUUUUUGUCUCAUAGUUAUUGCUAAUCUUUUUGUUCCCUAUAUUUUCCCUUUUUUCAUUUGGGUCAUUUUAUUUAUUUUUCUUUUUUCAUUUUGACAGCUAUUAGAGUUAUGAUAGUAUAACUAAAUUUCUCAGGAAACCAGCUAGUACUCACUUCUUUUUGAGUUGAUUGCCUAUUUUUUAUGACACCCGGUAUUUUUAUUUAUUUAAACAGUUGUGAUAACAUUUUUAUAUGCAUUUCUAUACAUUCUUUUCUAGUUUGGUGUAUUUAAUAUUGACUGCUGGUUUAAAACAAAAUGUGUUGGUGUUUUUCAAGAAACCACUUGGUUUAACCUUGAUUCUGUGUUUCCCUCAAUGACCAUGCAUUAAUUGAGUUGUGUCAGAAUUGUUGAAUUGUCAUUGUGAUCAGCACAGAUGAAGCGUGUAUGAGUGUGACCUACAUGUGUUUUGUUUGCAUUAUGGGACUUUGUCACCCAUUGAUGUCCAUGUUCUUUGCCCUCAUUGAAUUUUUAUUUUGGGUACAAAAUCAUUUUCAGUGUUCCCCAACUCAAUUCCAGUGAUGUGACAAAUUUGGUUUCAUGCAGUGUUUUGCUUUUUUUUUUUUUUUUUGCCAAAAGUUUUUCAUUAACAAUGAAAAUAUCAAUGCAACAGUAUUGACAUGAAUGAGGUGACAGUGAGUGAAUAUUCUUUUUGAACAUGUGUCUCAUCCUCUCUUGUACACCAUCCACUAGGGUAAAAUAAAAUAAACUUGGU